UUGGUGAAUAGAUUUUAAAGCAUUUAUUUUUUUUUCGUCGGUGAAAGUGUUUCGGUGAUGUCAAUUUUUCAGACAUUUUUUACAAAAGAAAAAUAUUUUAAAAAGUGUUUACCUGAACGAAUUUUCGGAAAAAAGAUGAAUUAUUCAAAACAUUAACAAUUGUUAAAUCAAAAGUGACGCAAAUCCACAUUUACUUGAAUUAAAAAGAACGAAAUGGUUUGAAUUCAUUCAAAAAAAAUAAUUGCCGUCGGCUUGUUAUCGCAUCGUAAUUCAAUAAUUUGACGUUAUUAUAUUGACGUAGAAGAAUUGUGGUGCAAAAACACGUCAAAAUUAAAAACAGAUUAAAUAAGAAAUAAAAUUAAAUAAUUUUGUGCAAAAAGUGUGAAAUGAACUUAGAAUCAAUGCCGCGCCCAGAAACGAUACACGUUACAGCUCCAGCUGCUAUCAGCCGCCCAAUGAUAAAUUCACAAACAUUGCCACAACGAUCACCGUUUGCAAUUCAAGAACUGCUUGGCCUAAGCGAAUCAUCUCGAUCAACCAAUUCAAACAACAAUCCAAAUCAUUUGAACACCAGCUCAAAUAAUAAUAAUAAUAACAGUGGAAAUGGUGCUGUUUCAGCAGUGACACCAUCGCUCUAUUCAAAUGUUGGUCAAACACCGUUUGUUGGCAGUGAUCAUCAUCAAAUGACCAUGGCUGCAUCUCGGAUGGCAUAUUUCAAUGCUCAUGCUGCUGUUGCGGCGGCUUUCUUACCACAUAACAUUCCCGGAGCUGGAGGACAUCUUGGCUUUCAUUCACAAGCACCAGGAUUUUCGCAAUUGAAAUCAUCGUUUGGAUCGGCAACGAGUCCAUGUUUACCCGGUCACAGUCCGUUAGAUGGCAAAGAUUUUACGGUGGAUGGCAUCAAUGGAUUCGGUGGCAAAAAGAAAAAGAAGAAGCGACGUCACAGCCGCACCAUAUUCACUAGCUAUCAAUUGGAUGAAUUAGAAAAAGCAUUUAAAGACGCUCAUUACCCCGACGUUUAUGCCAGAGAAAUGUUAUCGCUGAAGACAGAUCUACCCGAAGACAGAAUCCAAGUGUGGUUCCAAAAUCGACGUGCUAAAUGGCGUAAAACCGAGAAAUGCUGGGGUCGGAGCACCAUAAUGGCAGAGUAUGGUUUAUACGGUGCAAUGGUUCGACAUUCUUUGCCAUUACCUGAUACUAUAUUGAAGUCGGCUAAAGAAUCAUCAGAUGGAUCACAAGUGGCGCCGUGGCUCCUGGGUAUGAGCUCCAAAAGUAUGCAUCGUAAAUCAUUGGAAGCUGCUGAAGCAUUAAAAGAUGAUAGCGGUGGAAGUGAUCGAGAUGAUGAACAUUCAAAAGCAAGCGAUAUUUCGAGCACAGGAAAUCCAUCGACGAAAUCGACACCAAAUUCAAAAACGAAAAAAACCCAUGCCAACGAAUCGCUUGCAUCGCCAUCAUCAACACCAUCGGCUACAGAGAGUAUCAAUCAUAAUUCGGUAACACCAACAUCGUCGAGUGCAUCAACAUCACACGUGACAUCGUCGCCAAGCACAACACCGAACAUGAGCUCACAGCAUACACCGUUACCUGUUCAUCACCUAAUCGAAUCGAAAUCGAUGCUUUCUAGUCCACCGCAUCCAAAUUUUCAUCACGAAGGCGAUACGGAAGCGUUUAGGUGGGUAGGAGACCCAAUUUCGUUUAUACGAAAUAAUUCGAUUGCAUGCUUACGUGCCAAAGCGCAAGAGCAUCAAGCCCGUUUACUCAACAGUGGUCUGUUGCUUCAAGUACGGUCAUUGGCUGGUUUACAAAAUCCAUUGAGUCAUUCGCCGCCGCAUUCAUGUGAUAGCAAUGCAAAUACAUUGCACAGCACCUCUGGCGCACAAUCAUCGCCACAUUCUCCACAUGAUUCGCCAAAUGCAGCAAAUUCCAUUGAAUCGCGUUCAUUUCAUCAUCUAUCACAUCAUCAUUCGCCGGCCAAUCUAAGUCCAGCUGCUGCGGUUAAAAGUGAACAUAGCGCCGGCAUUAAUAUGGCAUUUUGAUAUUCACAGUCACCGAUUGAAACACACAUCGAUCGCAACCAAUUGCCCAACGCUCUUUUAAAUUAGUGCUUUUUUCUCUCUCUAGCUUUUGCAGUUAUGCAAACGAUCGAUUUUCAUUUCAAAUGGGAUUUAAUUAUAAGAUUCGUUCUAACGCUAUUAUUUCUUUUUGUUUCGAUCUCAGCACUGUACACAACGUGAAUGAAAGAAAAAUACAGACACAUUUCAAAAGAAUGCUUUUUAUAUAUAGACACAUUUUUAUUUCAAUUAUGCAAAAUUAAUUUUUAAUUUGAUCUCGUGGUUCACGGCAAUCUUUUUAAUCAAAAAGUAUGCUAAUGAAGAGAGGAAUGAAAAAAUGCCCAGUGAAGAGACUUACAUAAUAAAUUUAAGUUCCAAAAACAAAGUCUAAAUACCACCAGUUUCAAUGAGCAUCGAACUAGAAAUGGAUUGUGUGAAUUGCAAUCGUAUUUUAGUACAUUAAAUGAAGAAACAUUUGAAAAAUGCUAGCAUUUUAGAGAAUUUAAUAUCAAAAUGUGCAAUAUGAACGAGACGAAAUCAAUGGUAUUUUUUGUAUUUUUUUUUUAAUUUUCGCAAAAAAAAAUUGUCUGUAUCUUAUGGGAAAUUGACUUCAGUAUAGAGGGUUUUGCAAACAAUCUGGCAAGUGGCCAGUCAAAAGAGUCUAGUAAUUAAUAUCUCACAUUAGAAAAUCGCCGUUAGAUUUGUAAGAAAAGAAUUUUAAAAACACAACUAUUGCAUUCGAAUAAAGUUGAAAGCAAACAUUACACAAAAAAAAACAUCCCAACAUAUUUGAAGUGAAUAAGUUUAAUAUAUGAAUGUUGUAAAUAGCACAUAGUAAGACUAAGAUGAUACACACACACUUCUCUCACAACAAAAACAAAAAUUAAUGAGAUAACACAAGAACAUUGCUGCAAGAUCUAUAUAUAAUUAAUUUUAGUGGUAAAACCAAAAGAAAAAUAUCCAAAUGCAGAAAAAUAAGCGCGAAGAAGUGCAUAUAUGAAUGAAUUUUGCAAAAUUUAAUAGCAUAACGUUUUUCGUCACACACAUUUUUCAAUCUACUUUGGAAUUUGGGGGCAUUUUGAGAAUUGAGACGGAAAAAAUCCAGCAUGCUCUUUAAGCUAAUUGUUGUUGAAUGCGACACAAGACGGAUACUGCAUUUUAAGUGUACAAUAAUCUGGUUAACAUAAGCAAAAUGAUUUAAGAACUAUAUGAAUGUAGCAAAUAAUGAAGAAAUAUAAAAGAGAUACAAACUCAUAACCAUAAAUUUUAGCGGCGGCAAAUUAAGAUGUAAAAUUUAGCAACACACAAUUUCUGUAAAAUUAUUUUAAAAUAAUAAACUAAUUUAAAACU